AUGUCCCCACCGGAGCUGCAAAGAGGCAGAGAGAAUAAUCCAACGUUCGAGCUCAAAAUCAUAUCAGCCAAUGAUGUCAGGCAUAUCAAUGCAACAUACAAGAUGGACGUGUACGCCGUCGUUUCAAUAACGGGCAGCACUAUUCAACAGAAACAAUCAGCCAAGACACCCAUUGACUUUAACGGAUGUUCCAAUCCGACGUGGAACCAUACCGUCAAGUUCUUCAUCGACGAGGAAACAGUCCAUUUGACCCUAAAGGUCAAGUUAUUUAGCUACUGGCUAGAAGAUGAAAAUGACCUUUAUUUGGGACAAGUUAACAUCUCGGUUCAGGAGCUUCUUGCUUCAAACCCGGUUCAACCGUUAAACAACGGUAAGAAUGAUAAACUCAAGUUAGUGACUUACCCCGUACAAGUCACGGAGGGUUACAAAGGAACGUUGAGCUUCUCAUACCGGUUUACCCCGCCAGCACAACAUGAUGAUCUGUCUCCUUCGGCCCCACACUACUCUCUUUCGUUUGGUCAACCCGUUUACCCAAAUCUGGAUCUAGCAAGUUCAUGUCAGCAUAUUUACCUAAAUCCGGAUUCAGCGAGUUUAGGCCAGUCCGUUUACUUAAGUACGAAUCCAACAAGUUCAGGUCAGCAUGUUUACCUAGAUCGGGAUCCAGCGAGUUUAGGUCAGCCUGUUUCCCUAAAUACGGAUCCAGCAAGUUCAGGUCAGCAUGUUUACCUAGAUCAGGAUCCAGCGAGUUUAGGUCAGCCUGUUUCCCUAAAUACGGAUCCAGAAAGUUCAGAUCAGCAUGUUUACCUAAAUCCGGGGCCAGCGAGUUUAGGUCAGUCCGUUUACCUAAAUUCGGAUCCAACAAGUUCAAGUCAGCCCGUUUACCUAAAUCCGGAUCCAGCGAGUUUACGUCAGCCUGUCAUGCUUUCCCCUCAAUUUCAAACCAGUAUGCCGAAACUGAAACUGAUGCUUGUGAUCAAAUCCGCUAAAGACAUAAAAAGUGUCAACAUAGGUAACGACAUGAACGUAUACGCUUCGGUUAUGAUCCGUGAGGGUAACAAAAUUAGAACUAAAGAUACAGCCAAUACCCCUGUCACCUAUUGCACAUAUAAAAACCCGAGAUGGGACCAUGAAGUUGAGUUUUGUCUCGACCAGAAGUUAGUUCAGGAGGGACGCUUGACCCUCGUUGUGAAACUAAUUGGCGUGCGAACGUUGCUUGGGGAAAAAGGCAUUGGUGUAGUCGUUGUCCCGAUUCAGGAGCUUUAUGGAUUAAACCCACCGUCUCCUCUGCCAUCUAACGGUGAUGAUAAUAAUGGUAUGAGUUUGAUGACCCGGGAUGUGACGGUUUCUUCAGGCAAAAAAGGAACAUUGAGCUUCACAUAUAAGUUUCUUGCGGAGCAAGCUUCCCAACAGUUUUUUAUGUAUCCUAGUCAAGGAACCUCCGGUUACGCAGUUGUUCAGCCUGGAGAAAAUGCCGUCCCGAGCAACGGUCAAUUACCAAUUUAUAUGCCACCACAAUAUCCUCAGCCGCUCCACCAGCCACAUCAGUCACAAGGAUACCAACAACAUUUACCAACGCAGCCACAUAAGCCGCAGUCUCAAAACCAACAACUCCACCACCCACAAAUGCAUACACAAUCACAGUCACUUUCGUACCAGCAAAGCUCUCCAUCACAACACCAAGUGCAGCCACAACCACUGGCACAUCAGCUUCCACAAACGCAACAACCAGAGCCACAAACACAAGGCGAAAAACCGGCAAGGAAGCCACAAGGAGGGAGUACUGCGGCGCUAGGACUAGGGGCGGCGUUUGUGGGAAGAGUAAUAGGUGGGGCUUUAAUGGGUGAACUGAUGUCGGAUGAAGUAACAAUGCAUGAAGCUUGA